AUGUCACAUUUCGGGGAUUACAUGGACGGUGUUCCCGUUAAAAUUUCAGAAAAGUAUAAGAGACCACCUAGAAUAGAGUUACCGUAUAGUGUUGUUGAAUGUCCACAGAGAGCACAAAAUGUUAUCGACAGCAUAAAAUAUUGUUCCACUUUCGAAAGCACCGUGCUUUCUAAACUCAAAGAGCUGCGAAGCGCGAAGGAAACUAAAAGAAAUGAAAGAAGGCAUCGCUUGCAACUAUUGGAGGAAGCAAAGCAAAACAAGUUAGACGCAAUCGCCGCCGCGGAGGCUGAAGAGAAAUUAAAGCAAUUAAGUGUAUCCGAAGUAUCUUAUCCAAGUACUGAUGAAAUAAGUGCAAUUUCUUUAGAUGACAAAUUAGACAAAAAUUGUGAUACCUCUCCAACUGAAGAUACAGCAGCCGAAGUUGAUAAAGCUGUUUGUACCGAGCCCUAUAUAAGUAAAGAGCUUGAGUCACAGCAGAAUAUCCUUCAACCUGUACAGGUGCAGACCAGUUACCAACACAAUCUCUUAGAUGACCCAGACCCAUUACAAGAACUAAAAAUGAAUGCAAAAAUGGCCAAAAUACCUCAGUACAAUCAUAAUGUUGAUAUGUUAACAUUUAGAGAUUUUGAAAAUGAUACGUCAAGUCCCUUUGACAAUGUCGAAUUGAAGACAAUAAAUGACAUGGAACUGCUGGCACAGGUGUUGCAGAGGGAUUCAAUGUCAAACUGUCCUGUACAGAACAUGUACAUUCCUGAUCAGACUUACCCUUCUUAUAAUAAUUGUGCAACACAGGCACAGAUUGAAGGUGUCACAUAUUUGCCAAAUGCUUACAUGGAACAAACAAUCCAAGGUCCAAGUGCUACUUACUCUUCACCACAGCACUUCCCUGUCUCUAAUGGGUAUUACGUAACCCCUGAAAAUACCUGUGAUAAUAUGCCUUUGGAAAAUGUAAAUAUCUGCAUGCCAAAUUAUCAAUACUAUGUGCCCACUCAAGCAGUUCCCACUCCUGACCUCUAUUACAGCAAUCCAAUACCAACAACAAGUAGUGAUCAAGUACAAAAUGAUUCCACAUUCAUUCCUCACCCAUAUUACUUUCAGUAUCCUCAAGCCCCUGUUCAAUAUACAAAUGCAAAUACAAGUUAUAAUGUAAAUGAAGUGUAUGAAAGACCUGGAGAAAAAGUUACAGCUUCACAAAAUACAAUGAAAUCCCGUUCCCGCAGUGUACCGGACAUUGUUAGAGAGUUGAAUGAGGAACUUGCUUCUGCUAAGCUUAGGGCUAGUGAAAGGUCAUGCAAUGCAAGUCCUGCACCAAAAUCUGUUCCUUGUUGUUCUUCAAGUAGUAAUAAAAAAGAAGAAAAGAGAAGAAAAAGGAGUGAGCAAUUACCAAACCCUUACGAUAAACUUCCUCCUCCACUACAAAAUACCUGUCAGAAAAUUCAUGGAAUGGGAUUCCCAUUAGACAGGGUAGCAAGAGUGUGCAGUUUGGUAGGGGAUAAUGAUAAAAAGAUCAUCGAGGGUCUUCUGAUUCUUGGCGAAUUGAUGGACCUUGGUUUCUCGGAAGGCAGAGUGUCGGCGGCGUUGGCGAAACACGAGUUCAACAGAGACAAGGCUUUAGACGAGUUGGUAUCGUAG